AGAAGAAGAAGAAUCCCCAUAGCAACGGCUAGAUUAAAAAUGGCUUCCGCGGGAGCAGCGCUCUGGUCCGUGUGUUUAUUUUUGGCAACAGCGACAAGCCAAAUAGUUAACACGACUGUGUUCGGUGACUACAAUGUCACAUACAGCGUUACGGAUAAUUAUAGCACCCAACCUACAGCGUUUAACUUAACAGCCACCACACCGAGCUACACAACGACAGACCCCGUCCAACCCCAGCCCGCAGAGCCUCUGCCCGUCUCCGGCAGCCUCCUCACUCCGAUCACAGAAGUCGACAGGUUGUGUCCCUGUGAUGCGGUCAGGGGAGUGUGUGACAUCAACUGCUGCUGUGACACAGAGUGCAGUGUGGAGGUGUCUCUGUUCACCGGCUGCUCUGUGAGCUCUGUCAGUGGCUACAAGCUGUUUUGCAGCCAUGAUGUAGCAUCUUACAGACUAGGAAGUGCAGCAGCUGGCCCUGCAGAACUACGCUCGUCCAUCCAGAAGGAGACAAAUGAUAACAUUUUCUGCAUUCAGUCACACAGCCGCACUGAUGGGUUUUCUCAUCCCUCACCUACUCUCCCCACUGACAACAGCUUUGACUCACAAUUUCCCAGCUUUAAUUUUAUCUCAAAAGAUAACAGUGGUCAAGUCUCCACUGCAGAGCCUGAGGCCUCAUCUGGAUACCAGUAUGGCGAUGUGAUCAUGACAGCAGGUGAGAGUGGACAGAAAGGUUUGUUCUGGUUGCCAGCUGCUGGUCCAACUGCUGAUUGUGUGGACAACAAUCCUGCAGCAUUCUUAAAGGAUCAGAGCAGUCAAUGCCGUCGGCGUGUGGUACUGUAUCAGGACUGCAGCUCUCUGCCAGCCCUUAAAAUGGACACCUACACUAACAAUCACUUAUUUACUGGGAAGAACACAGGUGCAGCCGUUGUUCCUGUGAAGGUGGCUUCAGUCAUUCUGCAGUCUGUAAACAAGACUCAGACUGAGCUAAACAUCAGUCAAGGAGAAAACCUUAGACCUACUCUACUGAACCCAGAUCUCUGUGCUAAUGUGGUGCUGAAGGUUGUUUAUGCCAUGACGUACAACACAGCCGGGGAGAUAGUGAGUGUGACGGUGUCGCUAGUACUUGGAUUUGUCCAAGGAGCAACAGUGCCCCUGAAACAGGAGUUUCAGAUUAGAUUUGUCCAGAGCAGCAGUGAGGAAGGGGCUGUCCCCUACAGUGGAAACCCAGGUUAUACUGUUGGCCUGCCACUUGUGUCUGGGACAAGGACAGCAGAAUAUCCUUUAGUGUGCAAUGUAGGAUAGUGAAGCCAUAUUAGGACAUGUUCCUCAACAGACUUUACAGGGAUUUUAAGAAGCAUCGAUCCCAGUGACACACUUUCGCUUCUUCACAAUGCUGAGGACCAGGACUGUCUUCGGGGACCACAUCAGCGCUCUCCUGUCCUCUUUGGGGUGGACUUUGUGUCUGGAUGUACAUUAAGGCUGGAGGACACUGCCAACUGCCUCCUUGCCUCUCGGAUGCUUCUGGACGUUCUAAGAGGACCCAGCUAUCCCCUAUAUGUGGCUUCCUUUGGAAACAGCCUCUUAAACAGUCCGUUGGACUGGGUGCAGAUCCAGAACAUCUUUAGUUUUGAGGCAGCCCAGGCUUGCAGCAUACCUUUGACACUUCAUUUAGAAAUUGAAUGGACCAAAUAUGGAUCCUUGGUGAACCCCCAGACCCAGAUUGUGAGUGUCAGAGAGGCUAUCCUGACCAAUACCACCAGCCUGGACCUGCUGUCUGGAGGCAACAGCUUCCUGUCAGUCAGAAGUUCAGUGGCCUUCAAAUCAGUGUCCACUGCUGCUUCUCCUGGUUACAGAACUAGGCCCACCAUCAACACCAAACUACCCUUUGACUUCUUCUUCCCUUUUGUCUGACCCAGCAGCUCCCUGUACACUGGUGUGUACAACCCAUCACUGAAAUGUUUAAAUGUCAAGUAGAAAAUAUUUAUUUUUAAUGUUGUUUUUAAUAAAUGAAAUAAUCAGA